CUUGCCAAAGCUCAAAAGUCUGCCAAUUUAAAUACCAAAACCAGCAUUUCAAGCAAUCCCAAGAACAGAAACAAAGCUAUAGCUCUCUUUCAAGCUUUUUAGAGACAUCUAUAAAAACCCAUUUGAACACAAACUGAUUUUAAAAAACAAAAGCAUUCAAAAAACAUUUCAUCACCCCAUCUUUCUCUUCCAUUCACUGAACUCAAAACAAAGCUAGGGUUUGCCUCCAACUUGCCAUGGAUGGAUACAAUCAAAGCCGAUAUCUAACACCAGCCUCUCGUAUCACUGUGGUAGCACACUUGUUUGGUAUAACAGCUCUUAUUCUCCUGCUUGUUUGGUUGCUGCAUUAUCGCACCGGCUUCGAUCUUGAUUCUAGCCACCCAGAACGUGUUUUCAAUCUUCACCCAUUUCUUAUGUUCUUUGGAUUUAUCUUCUUUGCUGGUGAAGCGGCAAUGGCGUACAAGACAAUAAGAGCAUCGAGGGAAGUGCAGAAGUUCUGUCACAUGCUUUUCCACCUAAUAGCAAUUGUGCUUGGGAUUGUUGGAAUCUAUACAGCUUUCAAGUUUCAUAAUAUGCAACAUAUAAGUCAUAUGCAUAGCUUGCACUCUUGGAUUGGCAUGAUCACUUUUUGCUUCUUUGGCUUGCAGUGGUUGUUUGGGUUCGCUUUGUUUAUGUUUCCGAAAGCUAGACCAUUUACAAGGGAGAUGGCAAUGCCGUGGCACAUAAGUGGAGGAAGGGUACUGUUAUACAUGGCAAUUUGUACUGCCGAGACUGGUUUAAUGCAAAUCGAACCAUUGACCAGCAAGUUUAGUUUAAUCAACUUCAUUGGACUCUUUAUCCUCUUCUUUGGCAUCACUGUCGAUCUUUCCAUAGCUCUUGCUCAUUAUGUCUAACCUAAUUAAUAUAUAUAUAUAUAUAUAUAAGAUACAACUUUGGCUUGAAGAAUACUUCGAUUAAUGUUGGAACUGUACUUGCUAGCUAUACAAAAUAUUUUCACAGAAUGAAUCGUAAAAUAGACACAGUGGGGUAGGUGGGGAAAAUGUUUGGUGGUCCAAAUUUUUUGUGGUUCGAAUGUGUCAAAACGACGUUAUUUUACAUCCAAAACGACUUCGUUUUGAGUGUUUUGAGUCAUUCGAGUCAUGAUUUUUCGGGCUAACUAUCAUUGUUUGGGGUAGGUGGGCCUCACCCUUGUGUCUAUUUGUUAUGUGAAAAAUGUUUUGUACGAUUGAACUUUCCUUUGUUUGUGUAAAUGAAUUUAUUUAUUCAUUAAUAGCUUGAGUUUGGUUUGUAUAAAACUUGUUCAAUACUAACAAUUAUUUUUUUAUUAAUUUACUCUUUCAGGCUAA